AUGACAGGUGGAAAUAAUACUGCAGAAAUUACUAUGUUCAUCUUGUUAGGAUUCUCAGAUUUCCCCCAAAUCUUAGCAGUUCUCUUCAUUGUAUUUCUAUUCAUCUAUAUUUCCACUCUGACUUGGAAUUUGUGCCUUAUUGUACUAAUAAGAAUGGACUCCCACCUUCACACACCCAUGUACUUCUUCCUCAGUAAUUUGUCCUUUAUAGAUAUCUGUUAUGUGACCUCUACAGCUCCCAAGAUGCUCUCUGGAUUUUUCCAGAAUCAGCCAACUAUCACCUUUGUGGGUUGCACUGUUCAGUACUUUGUCUUUUCAACGAUGGGACUGACUGAGUCUUGUCUUAUGACCGCCAUGGCUUAUGACCGCUAUGCUGCCAUUUGUAAUCCACUUCUCUACUCAUCAAUCAUGUCACCCACCCUUUGUGUGCAGAUGGUGUUGGGAUCCUAUCUGGCUGCACUCUCUGGUUCUAUAUCCCAAUUGUGUGCCAUACUUCAGCUCCGCUUCUGUGGUCCCAAUAUCAUCCAUCACUUCUUCUGUGACAUGCCCCAGUUGUUGAUCUUGUCCUGCACUGACACUUUCUUUGUACAACUCAUGUUGGCUAUAUUAUCAAUGAUUUUUGGAAUAACGAAUGUUGUACUUAUCGUGAUAUCCUAUGUCUAUAUUGUCCUUUCCAUCUUAAAGAUCACUUCAGCUAGAGGCAGAUCCAAGGCUUUCAAUACCCGUGCUUCUCACCUGACAGCCGUCACCCUUUUUUACACCUCAAGUGUCUUUGUCUACUUAAGUUCCAGCACCGGAAGUUCCUCAGCCUUUGACAGAUUCGCAUCAGUGUUCUAUACUGUGUUGAUCCCCAUGUUGAAUCCUUUGAUUUACAGCUUAAGAAACCGAGAAAUAAAAGAAGCCAUGAAGAAUUUUCCAAAGAAAAGAUAUUGCUGA